AUGAGGAGCAACUUAAUUUUGUCUCUAAAUAAUGCAAAAGACUUCUUAAAAAAUAAAAACAAAGAUGGAUAUUCUGUUUAUGAUCACAUAUGUGAAUUAAUAAAUUUUAUUGUUGUUGAAAAACCGGAAAAAUGUUACGAAAAUUUUGAAUUAAUAUCAAAUCAUAUAAAAGAAAGGAAAAAAAGAAGUGAUAAAAUAUUAAGUGAAAAAGAGAUAGAUAAAAGUAAUUUAGAUAAUUAUAUUUUAAACGAAUAUAUAAAAAAAAAAAAAGAAUGGUUGGAAAAAUUAAAAUUAUUAUUUAUAAAAAAUUCAGAAAUUAAGCCAAUUAAUUUACCUUUUAUGAGGGAUUUCUAUGAACAAAUAAAAUUAAUAAAUUGGGCAGGAUAUCAUAUUAAAAAAAAUAUAAUAUGUUAUCUAAAUAAUUCUAUAAAAAAUAUAUUAGAAAAAUAUAAAGAUGAAUUAAAAUCAUUAAACUUCUGGGGAAUAUUAAAAGGAAUCAAAAACGAUUACUAUAUCUUAGAAGGAGAGUUAAAAGAUAAAAAAGAUAUUUCUUUUUUAAAAAAAAAGGACUCAGAAAAAUAUUCAGAUACUUCUUAUGAUGAAGUAUUAUCAAGUAAUAAAUCUUCACCUUCUACAGAUGACAGUAAGGAUACUUCUCAAAAAAUGAAGCAAAAAAAAAAGAAAAACACAGAAAAAAAAAAAAAAAUAAAUAAAUUUUCCUACAAAAAGGAAGAUUAUGAAUAUUUUAAUAAAAAAGUGAAUAAAAAUGUAUAUUGGGUUUCAAUAAAUGGAAAAGACGAAUGGGUAUUAUUAAAAUUUACAGCACCUCAAUAUAUUAAAAUUACUAAUAAAAUUAAUAAAAUGCUAACUGGGGAUCUUAAUCAUAUAAUAACUUCUUUUCCUAAAAUUACAAUAAAAGAAAAACAUUAUUUAAGAGCCAUUAUAUCUAUUAUUUCAGCAAACACUCAUAUAUCACCUAAAAAUUAUUAUAUAUUAAAGCAAAAAAACAAAGAUAAAGAAAAUAGUGAAGAAGAAAAACAAAAAAAUAAAGAUGAAGAUGAAAAUGAGGUAGAAGAAUAUGAAGAAAAAGAGAACAAUCAAGAACAAAUGAGAGAUGAUACACAUGGUGAAAUAAUUGAAAAUAAAAAAUUUCAAUUUGAAACUAAUUCCUUAUUAAAUGUCAAUAAUUGGGUAUAUUUUAGAUAUAAUUUUUUACCAAAUGGACAUAUAAGUUAUCCUAAAAAUAUUAUAAUUAAAAAAAGCAAAAAAAUAAAAAAUAUUAUUAAAAAAAAUCCUCCUCUAAAAAUUUUAAGAAAUAUAAAUAGUGAAAAUCACCAACAAAAUAAUUAUGCAUGGAGAAUAAAACAUUUAAAUCCUGGUGGUUAUUAUGGAAAGAAUAAUUUACAUUAUGAUAUAAUAAUUAUUUAUAAUUUAUUAUAUUAUGGAGCAUUUACUAUAUAUUUUAAUAAACAGUUUUUUAAUUUUUAUAUAGGAAAUGGAAUAAAAUUACAACAUACUUACCUUCACACAUAUGCUCCUGGAAAAAUUCAGUCAGAUAAAAGUGAACUAUCAGAAGUAGAUCAAAUAAAUUAA